AGCCUUGUUCUUCUUGUCACGACCUGCAGCAUAGAAAGCGACCGAUCGGAUUGGGAUUCCUUCGGACGAUAUAAUUUGUACCGGUGCGUCGACUCAAUCUAGUCCGUCCACCUCCCCGUCGUGACAAAUAAAGUAUUUGUUUGUUGUCUGUCGGAGAACACAUCAAUCAAAAUGCCAUCGUGUUGUAGUGCGCCAGCGAAGGACGCAAAACGCGACCGCAUAAAGUAUCCUGAGUAAAAACGUACCCACGCCAGAGUUGUAAUGCAGAUUUGGAUUUGCAAAGACAGGAAGACUUGUAAUGCGCAUCCCCAUGAGUGCCAUUUCCAGUCGUGUUUUGGAAUUUGUGAUGCUGUGAACAGGAUGAGCAGAUGAAUCUGUGACGCGGCUGCACUUGCUAACCUGAACUACACUGCAUAGUGCAACUUGUCAUGCGUGACGCACAAAACUCCUAGGUUUGUGUUGCAAAAUCCCCAUCCUGACUCUGGUGUGGCUACGUUUUUACUCAGGAUAUAAACGCUAGUACCGACAGCCCGGACAAGGGGGGAACUCCUCCGCAGAUGCGAGACUCGCACAUGCACGUCUCGGGAAGCCGUGCUUCGCAUCUAGGUGGCGGCAAGGUGGUCGCCGCGGGCGAGGGACUGCAAUGGUUGAAUCUGACAAUGAAGGCGCUCUGGCCGUACAUAAACAAAGCGGUGCUCAAGUUGCUAAAGGACGAGAUCGAGCCCACGCUGCAGGUAUCAAAUACAAAAGUGUCUGGGUCUGGAAAGAAUGGAAUUUGUGAUGCUAACUUUCGAUGAUACAAAAGCCUUGAUUGCAUGACCAGCAAUCGGCACUCAGAUUUUUGCUAUUCUGAGAAGGCAUUUCUCAUGCAGUAUACGCAUGAGAAAUCCUGCACAAAACCUGUAAUGCUAAAGCAUGCAUCACCGACAUCGCAGGUCAUGUAAAAUUUGCAUGACAAACUCCCCCAAUCUUCCAGACCCAGACAUUUUUACAGUUGAUAGCAGGCCUCGCUUCCGGUGCCGCUGAACGGAAUCAAAAUUACCAGCUUUUAUCUUGGGGACGAUAUCAAAAGGAAAAAUCCCCCCUCCCCAUAUCAAAACGAAGUUUCUGAUGCAGGAUUUGCGUACACAAAUCAGAUCUGUCUUGCUGGAGAGAAAUGCAGGCCCAUGCUAAGCCUAAGUAGAGAGGUUUUGGCCUAGGCGUCUAGCACGAGGAACGUCCGUGCUGUAGGCCCAUCAGCAUCACAAACCGCCUGCACAAUGCUGCGGAGCUUGUGGAGAUGCCUUCUUGCAAGACAGAUGUGAUUUGUGACCUCAAAUCAGCAACGCAAAUUUUCGGAGACAUACCUUUUCAAUAUGGGGAGGGGGGAUUUUCCCUUACGAUAGACGAGGCACCAGAACUUGGGCCGGUGCACGCGUACAAGAAGGACAAGCAGGACCUGAAGGGGUUCGAAAUCGACAUCUUCAUAUCGUGGAAGCCGAACCUCGAUAUUUCCAUGAGAGUGUUGAAAAUGAAGCUUGGUAUGGAGAGCAUACUUUUUUACACCAUGAUGUUGUUUUUUGAGUUUCACCAACGUAUGUUGUCUAGCUCUAGGCAAAUCAAUGUAGUUCAAGAACGAGACUCGAACAGCUUCGCCCGCUCGGUGUGACAUCGCAAACUUGCGCUAGAAGGAGCAUUUUUCACAAAGUUCACCCCCCGCUGCGGGACGCGCACGCUUUGCGCAUCACCGGGGAACAACACUGCUGCGCCUCGCGCCGCAUCCCCCCGCGGCCUAGUGGUUGCCUUUUCAAAGCAUGUCGAGCCGGAAACGCGGCUAGAGACGCCUUCGCAGUGCGUUUCUGGUUGGAAAUCUAGCAAGCGACGCCGUCUCAGUGCGUUUCUAGCUGGAAACCCACGUAGCGACGCCGUCUCAGGGCGUUUCUAGCUAGAAAGCCAGCUAGCGACGCCGCCCCGGUGUGUGUCCAGCAGGGAAUCCAGCUAGCAAUGCCGUCUCAGCGCCUUUCUAGCUGAAAGGAAACACAGCCGGAAAGGCAGCGGCAGCGUGUUUCCGGCUAGAGAUCCAGGCGGAAAGGCAUCGCCAGCGCGUUCCCAGAACGAAAUCCAGCGGGAGAGGCAUCGCCAAAGCGCCCCCGGCUGGAAGAAAUUCAGCCGGCCGUGUCUUUGCAGAGUAUUUCUAGCGUGAAAUGGAGCCGGGGACGCCUUUUCAGAGCAUUCCUAGCGGGAAACCCAGAUGGAGGCGCGUUUUUUUCUAGCCGGGAGGAAAUCCAGCAGGGAGGCAGUGCAUUACUUAAACAAAGAGGCACCCGCAAGCAACGCGCCUCCUGCUGGAAACCCUUCGAGGGCGCCGCUUCGAAGAGUAUCCAGCUGGAGACGCCGCGGCAAUGGAAAUCCAGCUUGCUGGAAACGCCUUUUCGAGGGAAAUCCUUCCAGAUGGGACGGCAUCGAGAGGGCUUUUUCAGCGCUUUUCCGCCCGACCUUUUCAAAGUGUUGGCAGCUCGAUUUGUAGUAGAAGACGGCUUUCGAUUUCUAGCUUGGAAUCCAGCUGUGGGGAACACUUUGAAAAGGCAUCCGCGGCGCAUUGGUAGCUGGGAUUCCAGGGCAAGGCGCCCCAAGGUGUUGCCAGAUGGAUAGAUUUGCGGGCGGAGACGCCUCGGGGCAUUUCCAGCUGUCAAGAAUCGCAAGGCAGCUGAUUUCUCUUCGAUUUUCCGGGGUUUCUUCCCGCGUUAGCAAAACUCUUCGGGCUACCCGGGGAAAGGUUUGCCUAGAAGGAUAGUGGGUAGGUAUUGGGAAGCUAUCGGGAAGGGGUGGUAGAGCUGAAGCGCUUCUCGGGUUGUUGUGCUUAGCACGGCUCUUCAGGCUACCCGGGGCAAGGAUCUUCUAGUAGGGUCGCGGGAGGGUGUUCAUUGGGAUAGUGGAAAUGUAUUGGGAAUUUGUUUUUUUUUCCCGAGUUGCUGUGUUUAGCACUGCUAUUCUGGCUACCCGGGGCAUGGGUUUUCUAGUAGAAUGCUGGGAAGGUAUUGAUGGAUGCAUCCAUCUGCGCCAUCGCUGCACGCCUUCCAGGUGCAGCGUCCGUGGCUGCGGUUGCCGCCUUCCGUCUCCGUCGGCUGCCCGCGAUGUCUCCGUGCGCGCGAUCAGCUGAAGCUUUUUCUCCUUAGGGAUUUCAGUAAGAAAGUGACACGCGAUCGCGCGGAUCCGACUGACCCCCUACGUCACUCCCCCGCGCCCCCCCCGCCCUUUCGAUAUGAUGAUACUGCGCCCCGAUCUGUAUGAAAAAUUUUUGAGAUAAGAUUUGAUAGAUGGCUAUGAUUCUGAGAUAGAUUUAAGAUUUUUUAAGAUUUGAGAUUGAGAUAAGAUUUGAUAAUAAGAUUGGAGAUUCGAAUAAGAUUUGAGACUGAGGUAAGAUUUAAGAUUCAGACUGAGACUGAGAUUGAGACUUGAUAUGAAAUUGAAUUAUUCAAUUUGAAUUAUUCAUGAAAUUGAGUUAUUCAAUUUGAAUUAUUCACGAAAUUGAAUUAUUCGUGAGUCUUGCGAUGAAAUUGUAGAUAUGACUAUCAAUAAAAGGUUGCUGCAGAUGCACUUUUCAAGCUAGAAGAGCUCGUUGAGCUCCUUCAUGAGUUUCGAGUUUCCGAAAUCCGUUCAUGUUUGCUUAUACAAUUUUGGAGGUGGAUAGACAUUGACGCCGCCAUCAUGCCGAUACUUUCUAAUAAAACGCUGAACCCACUCCCGCCACAGGUCUGAAGAAGCUUGUGAUCGAAGGAACCGUCGUAUCCUCCGGAAAGUAGCUACCGCAUCAGGUUUGAUGACUUUGCGCUCGUCCUGUCAAGCCAACAUAUAGAAAUAGAGACAACUUCUGUAACAAUGUCUGUGCUUUCGCAUGCGUUGAACCAACGCUCGACAAUGGACGACUUUUUCCUCUGAUGCUUGUGCGCACUUACUUGUUUUGUAUACGUAGAAGCACAAACAAAUCAUGCUAGCAGCUUUCUUUGGGAUACGUUUCUCUGGUUUUGCGUCCAUUGAUGGAGACAAUGCCGGUGGUUGGUGGCUACUCUGUGCAUGGUUGUUUGUGUCUGUUGGGACGGCGUCAGAGCAGACCCAUUGGGAGCUAAACUCUUCCUGUUUACAUCGAUGACUACAACCAGAACUGUCUUGGUUUCAGUGCAUGACCGCGAAUACUACGACUGCGUGAAGAUGCCUUCAUUUGUCGUGACAUCGCGCAGGAAACAAGUGGUUCCAUCCUGCGCAUGCAACAGUUAUGUCGGAUAGGUGCUCAAAUACUAAACACUACCCAUGCUUUGUCAUGACAAAAGAGGAAAGAUUGUGCUGCAGAAGUCUACUACAUGAGCAGAAGAAGACGCAGCAACAUUCGACUUCCCUGUGCUUAGCUGCUGGUUCCCGAAAGAACACAAACAGAUUUGCAGCUGAUAAUCGGUUGCAGAUCUUCAUGAUCAAUCCACCGACAGUGGACGUCGACUUCACCGGAGCUGCGAACCUGAUUGACAUGCCCGUGUAUCAACUGCAAAUAUGUCUGGGACUGGAACUGUGCCGGGAUUACAUUUAUACAUCAGUAGUUAUUUUCAAAGGCACAUUCGAAUGUCCCGUUUCUUUGAGUAGAGAGGCCCUGUUCGUUCCAGGGGUAAAAACGCUUGCCAGGUCGUGAUACGCCGCGAGGGUAUUUGUUGCGGCAACUAACGAUGAUAAUUACUUACGAUGAUGAUGCGAGAAGAAGACUUUCUUUCCACAGCGUCACGUAGGGGGAGCAUCACGCAGCACCAUUGUGUAUCUAUUACUCUCCAGACAUGUUUGCAAUCGAUACCGUACUGGCUGGCACAAUCCGGUCCAUCAUCCGGAACGCUAUCACGGAUUCCCUGGUCCUCCCAAAUCGCAUUUUCGUCCCCGUUGCGGAUCCGACGGAGGUAUAGUGCGUUGGUUUUAGGUUAGCACGCGGCACUCUAGUUUGUGCUAAGUGCAAAGUGAAGCAGUAUGAUACACACCGAGAAUCCACUUCAACUUCUCGGCCUAUGCAGUUUUUAUUUGAGGUAGUACGAAAUUAGAACGAGCUGCGACGUGUUUGUCGUUAUAUAUUCUUCAUGCAAAACAAGAAGUGAUGAAGUGAGCUGCACUCUCUCACCACCGCAAUGUUGAAAGCAAACGCACUAGAUCGACAUGACGCGGCUUUCCUUCCCACGGCCAGAAGCGGUGUUGCGGUUUCAACUGCACAAAGGGAAGAACCUGCUCGCGAAGGACUUUAAUUUCUUCGGCGCCGCGACGAGUGACCCCUACGCCAUCGUCCGCGUUGGCGCGCGGCAGUUUCGAAGCAAAGUGAUCAAGCACACGGUAUCAAAAGGAAAAAUCCCCCCUCCCCAUAUCAAAGCGAAACUUCUGAUGCUGGAUUUGCGUACACAAAUGAGGUCUGUCUUGCUGUAAGGAAUUGUGGCCAGAUAGUUAAGCUGUUUAGGAGCGCACGGGUCUAGCUGUAUAGCAUGGGAAACGCCUGCCCUGUAGGCCAACCAGCAUGACAAAUCGCGCCCAUAAUGCGGCUCAUCUCCCAGCGCUUGCCUUCUUGCAAAACAAAAAUGAUUUGUGACCACAAAUCUGCAUCACAAAUUUUCCGAAGGAUACCUUUUUAAUAUGGGGAGGGGGGAUUUUUCGUUGCAAUACACGGUGAAUCCGGUGUGGCAAGACCAGAUCUACGACUUUUUCAUGUUCAACAAGCGGCAGCUGUUGUCGUAUUACAAGGAAAACUGCCCCCACCCCCAAAGUUGCAAUGAUUUGUGAUGCGAAGUUUCCAAAUGAAAACUUUUUGUCAUGCAUGAAAGGAGUAUGAAUCUUUCUGAUGCAGAGUCGAAGCGUAUAUCGCAUCGCUUGCAUGACAAGCGCCGCUCUUGCUGGGGUCUUUUGCAAUACAAAUUUUUGCUAUUCACGAUCGGAAAUCUGUGACGCUGAUAGAUGCAAGAGGGCGAAUGUUUCAUUUGGAAAGGUUUGCAAUACAAAUGCUGCCAAGUUCGGGGGGGGGCAUUUUUCCUGGCGAUAUCUCGUUGGAGUUGUUCGACUCCGAUAUUGACUCCGAUGACCAGCUAUCAAAUACAAAUAUGUCUGGGUCUGGAAAGUGUCAUGCUGUUUUUGCAUGACGCAGAAGGUCUAGCAAGGAAGCCCUAGCAUCACAGGUUUCGAGAAGGUUACGGGAUGCCUAAUCCACAUGACAAGUUCCCUCUUUUGGUGACAAGAAAUGAGCAACUUUUGCGGUCCAUGCAUGACAGAUCUCUCUCUGGUCUAAAAUGCGCAUCAGAAGUUACAUGUUUCCAGACGCAGACAUAUUUGCAAUGCAUACCAACUCGGGCACUUCCGCAUUCCCGUCGGCGAAAUAGCGGCGCAGGACGGCGCGGUCACGAUUCCGCUACGGCAGGAAGACGAAGAGGAAGGUAUCCUGAGUAAAAACGUCCCCACACCAGAGUUGUCAUGCAGAUUUGCAAUGCCAGGAACAUUUGUAAUGCGCUUCGCCAGGAGAGGCAUUUUUAGUCGUGUUUUGGAAUUUGUAAUGCUGUAAACAGGAUGAGCAGAUGGAUUUCUGAUGCAGCUGGCCUUGCGAACCUGCACUACACUACGGACUGCAACUUGUGAUGCGUGACCCCCAAAAGUUCUAGGUUUGUGUUGCAAAAUCCCCAUCUUGACUCUGGUGUGGGGAUGUUUUUACUCAGGAUAGAAGGGGGAGGGCACCUGGAUGUCUCGUUAGAAACGCUGAAGCUCGAGCCGAUCACAACCGUUGACGCGCUGCCACGACCGGAAUUGAAGAAUCCCUACGCAAUGCAAUGUCUGCCCCCGGACGGCCGUGUGUUUCAUGACAUUUUGGUCCGUGUAAGAGCAGGACUAGAAAUUUUUAUAGCAUGCAGGCGAUUCCACCAUGCGGACACAAGAAAUGCACUACGCACUUGCGGCUUCACCCGUCUAAAGCUGCGCAAGUUUUUGCCUGUCUCUUUUUUCACUGACAUCUUCUGGCCAUACAUGCUCUUGUAUGCGCAAGGGAAGAAAAGCCGCUCUUAUGUGUGCAUGAGUCAGAGGACAACUUUUCAUGCCAAACAACUGGAAGAGUCCCGACCGGGGGGAUGUUUGUGUUGCAAAAGGGAAGCAAAGUUGCGAAGGAGUCCCCCUCGAAGACCCCCGUCCGCUUGCCACUGGAGGACUACCAGAACGUGAUGCUGUUCCAGUGCAGACUAGUCGCUGUGCGAGGCAUCCCGAAGAAGUUUGAAAAGGACAAAGUCUACGUCACUUUUGAGGCAGAGGACCCGAAGGACGUGAAAAAAUCUGGGGGCGGUUCUGCGAAGGUGGUGCCGGCGCUCGUGGACGACGCGGUACCACACGCGAUGCAGGCCAUGGUCGAAAACCUGAGCAUUGGCAAUGAGCAUUUCGCAAGCAUGCCCAUCCACGACAUUGCCGGUUUUGCGCACUACCCGCCCGAGAUUAUCAAGGACAUUCUGAAGAGGAAACCCAGCUACGACACGGUCUUCAAUUUCGGUUGUCACUUCCUCAUCACGCAGCCCCAGAAUCUGAAGAUCGAAAUAAAAGUCUACGUCAAUGGGCGGAAAAAGUAUAAGAACUUAAACUUAUUGUUAUUUCUGUUGCGCAGUACUAGUAAUGCAUCCGUCGUUCCACAAACGUCGGUAAUCUAGUAAGUUGAUUGUACUACUGUGGCAAUGUAUGACGUAGGAAAAAUCCUACUUACCCCCGUUGCAAAGAUAUGCUACUUUCGCUCGUCUUUUGUUGUGCUAUUAAUUGUAGAAGUAGAAGCCAGGCGUGCCUACUGUGCUCUAUCACCGGGUUCUGUUGGCACUUUGUUGAGAACGCAAUUAUGUCAAUGAAUAUGUAUGGUGCUUGAAUGAAGAUGAAUAAUUGCAUGCGUCAGGCAUUAUGCUUCGGGCUCCAUUACACCGAAGGAGAUUCUUUCGCCCGAGUUUAAGCAGACCGUGACCCUGCUGAAGCGAAAGCGAGACGCAGACGAGGAUCUGGGAAUGGUGUCGGGUGCCCUCAAGGGAGCCGCUACCGGGGUGGUUCGCGGCGCGAGGAAGUUGAUGAACGUCCUGAGUCCCUUCCGGCGUGCGAAGCCAGAAGACGGAGAUAUCCUGUGCAAAGACAUACCCAGUCCUCGUGAGUACAUGAUAAUCAUGAUGGGAAAUCAUUUAGUUUUGCGAUUGCGAGCGCGAGCCACUCUCGCUGUAUGACCACAAUUCUUUUAGUUGCGAUCACGUGCUUGAUGGUGACCAGCGCAGCUGCAGCACGAAGCCAUGUCUGGCUUGUGCUAGUUCGAGCGUCACAAGAAGUUCCCAAAUCACAUGACUGAGAAAAUGGCUCUCAUGAACAUACGGGCGAGCCGGAUGACGAUCUGCGUCACAAACACAACAAUAUACUGAAAUUAUGAAUUGGGUAGUACGUUUUUCCCCAGGAUAUUUGGAAGUCAGCCAAGUGGUGCCGCCACGCCCGCGGGCAGCAGCUCCCCCGGCGGAGCAACGACACCGGGGGCCAGCACACCCGGCGCCAUACCGCCGACGACCCCCGGCGGCGGGUCCCCGAGUGCGAACUCUUCGGCUCCGGCAGCGCUGGCGAAGGGCGAGUACGAAUCAGAAGCGGAUCGCAUGAAACGUGCCUGGGACGAAAAACAGAUGGUCGACUUGCAGAUCGAGUUUGGAAUGUAAAUUCGAUUGAUUCUUUAUGCAUUGCAAAUAUGUCUGGGUCUGGAAGUUUGUCAUGCAGAUUUUGCAUCACCGGCGAUGUCUGUGAUGCAUGCCCUAGCGUCACAGAUAUUGUGACGGCUUUCUGAUGCCCAUACAACUGCAUGAGAAUUACUCCCUCCGCGUAGCAAAAAACGCACCUCUUUUGCUAUUCCUGCAACACAGAUUUUUUUUAGAAUCCAAAUGCAGCAUUGCAAGUUACACCCUUCCAGACCCAGACAUAUUUGCAUUUGAUAUUCUCUUGUUCACAGGAACAUGACAUGAUGAUGAUAGAUGAGGUGGCUCUCCGCGGCGAGGAUCAUAAUUUCUUUGUGUCGACUUUAUUGCCGAAGCCGACUUUCGGCCACCAGCUGGACCAUUGCAGUAGAUUUCAAACAUAAAACUACCAAACAACCUGUCCUCCUCUGACCAGGUUUGCUCUCGUUCCGAUCUCAGACCCCAACGAGAAGAUUGACUUUUACAACGAGCACAGCAGCGAGGAAAGCGACGAAAGCGAGCAGGAUCAGAAGCGAGUAGGCUUCCUCGGAGGGCUUUUCAAGGGCACCAGUCGGAGCAGAAACAACGUGACAAGCUCGAAGGAAAACCUGGACAGCCCCAAAAAGGAGGCCAGUACUCCAGCGGGGGUGCCAUCACCGAAAAAGUAA